UCCCGUCGAAGCAGCAGCAGCAUCCAUGGCGCCGAAGGCAGAGAAGAAGCCGGCGGAGAAGAAGCCAGUGGAGGAGGAGCCUGCCACCGAGAAGGCGAAGAAGACGCCCGCCGCCAAGAAGCCCAAGGCGGGGAAGAGCCUGCCCGCCGGGAAGACCGCCGCCAAGGAGGGCGGUGAGAAACGGGGCAGGAAGAAGGGCAAGAAGAGCGUCGAGACCUACAAGAUCUACAUCUUCAAGGUGCUCAAGCAGGUCCACCCCGACAUCGGCAUCUCCUCCAAGGCCAUGUCCAUCAUGAACUCCUUCAUCAACGAUAUCUUUGAGAAGUUGGCCGGCGAGUCCGCCAAGCUCGCCAGGUACAACAAGAAGCCCACCAUCACCUCUCGGGAGAUCCAGACCUCCGUGCGCUUGGUGCUGCCGGGGGAGCUCGCCAAGCACGCCGUGUCUGAGGGCACCAAGGCCGUCACCAAGUUCACCUCGUCUUAGAUUGUUCUGUCCCCUUGUGGCUGGCUGACAGAUUUGAUGGUAGUCUGUAGUUAGCUGUGUGAGUUUGUUCUUAGUGUGUGAUGUCGCAAGAACUGUGCUCGUUCUGUACGAAAAUCACUCUGUUUCUCUAU